UUUAACAUCUUUCCUCAAACAACACGUAGUACGCAGUGAUUUCUCAAUCCUGUUUUGAAAACGUUCUAUUAUCAUGAGUGAAAGUCCUGAGCCAAUUAAAAACCCACAGAUCAAGUUCACUCAGCUCUUUAUCAAUAAUGAGUAUGUUGACAGUUUGAGUGGAAAAACUUUUCCGACCAUCAACCCCAGUUCUGGUGAAAAAAUCUGUGAUGUCUCAGAAGGAGAUAAGGAAGAUGUAGACAAGGCAGUGGAGGCAGCAAAAGAAGCCUUCAAACCAGGAAGCAAAUGGAGAACAAUGGAUGCAUCCAAUAGGGGAAGACUUCUCUACAAAAUGGCAGAUCUUUUGGAAAGGGAUAUUGCYUAUCUGGCUUCCCUCGAGACUUUCGAUAGUGGCAAGCUGUUUGAUGACUCUGUCGGUGACAUGCAGGAGUGUAUUUCAUGUCUCCGUUACUAUGCUGGAUGGGCUGACAAAGUACAUGGCAAGACUAUACCWGCUGAUGGACCAUACUUUGUGUAUACUCGUCAUGAGCCAGUAGGAGUUGUUGGGGCCAUUACACCUUGGAACUUCCCUCUUGCCAUGGCUUGCUGUAAACUUGCUCCAGCUUUAGCUUGUGGWAAUGUUGUCAUCCUCAAACCUGCUGAACAGACACCACUGACUGCUCUUUAUGCUGCUUCCUUAUUUAAAGAGGCUGGGUUUCCACCUGGUGUUGUUAAUGUAAUUCCAGGUUAUGGUCCUACUGCAGGUGCUGGCAUUACACAUCACAUGGGCAUUGAUAAAGUCUCAUUUACUGGCUCUACUGAGGUUGGCCGUUUAAUCCAGUCAGCCUCAGCCAACUCCAACCUAAAGCGUGUAACGCUUGAACUUGGCGGCAAAAGCCCAAACAUCGUUUUAGCCGACUGUGAUCUUGACAUUGCUGUUGAAGUUGCUCAUCAAGCACUGUUCUUCAAUCAAGGACAAGUUUGCUGUGCUGCCAGUCGCACCUUUGUUCAAGACUCUAUUUAUGAUGAGUUUGUCAAGAAGAGYGUACAAAGAGCACAGAAYCGCACUGUGGGAAACCCCUUUGAUAAAAACACCGAGCACGGUCCACAGAUUGACCAGGAACAGUUCAAUAAGAUUUUGGAUCUUAUUGAGAGUGGCAAAAAAGAAGGUGCCACACUGAAUUGCGGCGGACAACGUCAUGGAGAAAAAGGCCUUUUCAUYCAACCAACAGUCUUUUCUGACGUCAAAGAUGAUAUGAGAAUUGCUAAAGAAGAGAUCUUUGGCCCCGUGCAGCAGAUCUUUAAAUUCAAAGAUAUGGAUGAAGCGAUUGAAAGGGCUAACAAUACAACUUAUGGUUUGGCUGCAGUAGUCUUCACCAAAGACAUUGACAAAGCUUUAGCGAUAAGCAGCAGUCUGAAGGCAGGCACAGUGUGGGUGAACUGUUAUGGAGCUGGGGCUCCUCAAGCUCCUUUUGGUGGAUUCAAAAUGUCUGGCUUUGGGCGAGAAUAUGGUGAAGAUGCCCUUUUACCAUACUGUGAAGUUAAAACGGUGACCAUCAGUAUCCCAAGCAAAAAUUCCUAGAGUUUUGGUCAAAAAUCUCUACGUCAGUAAUAGGUCUAGAUAAGCUCAAUAUGGCACAGUCAUAAAUAUUGAUAUUGAUUGAAAUGAUUAUUCAAACUGUAAGCUCUUUAGUAGAAUAUACACUGGAAACACGA